CUUACGACGACCAGCGUCGGGCAGUUCACCAGCGACAUCUGGCGGCUCAAUCAAAUGUUCCAGAUCACACCCUGCGAUGUAUACACGGCUACAGGCGCGAGCAUGGACAUGUACAAGAUGUCUGAAGCAGCAACGAAUUGCCAAACGCCACCUCAUAACCUCCCAAUCAUCGCGAGAGGCCACCGCCACCGCCGCCGCGCUCUCCGAAGACUUCCAUCCCGUCUCCAAAGCCUCGACAAGCGUCAACCACGAUGACCGGACCCUUCGCCAGAUCUUCGACUCCUCCUCCUUCUGGAAAGACUUCUCCUCACGAGCAAAACCCAGGCAUGGCGAACAAUCCGCCGGUCUGUUCCAAAACCGCUACCUUACCCACGCCGAGGGCUUUCAGACGUUUGCGGAGACGACACUGCGGAAGUGUCAGAAGAUUGUGCAGCGCGUACUCGCAUGCGACAGUGUGGAGGGGUACAAGAGGAUAGUGAAAGAUCUCGACAGACUGAGUGAUCUGCUAUGUCGCGUCAUCGAUCUCAGCGACUUUGUUCGCGCCGUGCAUCCCAAUCCGAGGAUCCAGUCAGCCGCCAGCCACGCAUAUUCGAUGAUGUUUGAGUAUAUGAAUGUGCUCAAUACGACCACGGGGCUCAAUGACCAGCUGAAAAAGGCGGCGAGCAUCUCUGAGGUCUACAAUUCCUGGAGUGAAGAAGAACGCACCGUCGCCGCCAUCCUGGAGAAGGACUUCUCCAAGUCCGCCAUUGACUUCGCCGAUACCGAACGACGAGCUUUCGUCGACAUCUCCAAUGAGAUUGCGCAGGUCGGAACGGAAUUCGUGGACCAGGGGGCACCUGCCAUCCCCAGUCUAACAUUCGACUCUAGUAGGCUGACAGGGAUGGAUCCGAUAAUUGUCCGUCAGCUCACUCGCUGGGGGACCGCUACCUUGCCGACUUCUGGAAUGCCCGCUACACUUGCACUGCGCACUGUCGCAGAUGCAGAGACGCGAAAGGAAGUCUACAUAGCGCAUCGCACAUCUGCGCCGGAGAACCUGGCACGGCUGGAGAUUCUACUCAAGCGAAGGGCAGAGUUGGCGCAAGUGAGUGGCUACGAGAGUUAUGGCCAUCUCACACUCGCCGACAAGAUGGCCAAAUCCCCCGAAUCCGUCGUGUCGUUCCUCGAUGCGCUGGCGAGGGAUAAUGCUCCUAGAGCUCGGGAGCGUACGCACGAGCUACUGGCUUUGAAGAAAGCGGAUCCUCGAGCAGUAGGCGCAGACGGAGAGCUGCAUGCAUGGGAUAGAGACUACUAUACCUCGCAGCUCCUGAACUCCAUGCGAUCGAAGAAGAGGGAACCCGACUUUUUGAACGCCUACUUCUCUCUCGGUACGGUAAUGCAAGGCCUUUCCAGGCUGUUUCACCGAGUAUAUGGCAUCCGACUUGUCCCCAGGGAGCCGCUUCCGGGCGAGAUGUGGAAUCCCGACGUCCGCCGCCUGGACGUCAUCGACGAUCACGAAGGCCACAUUGCCGUCAUCUACUGCGACUUGUUCGAGCGGGAAGGAAAGAGUCCCAACCCCGCUCACUUCACUCUGCGCUGCUCACGCCGCAUCGGCGAAGAAGAACUCCACGAAGCCGCCGAGCUAGUCUCGCAACCCGGAUCCCCCUUUUCAUCCAUCGAACAGGCCGCAAACGAAGGCCUAGCAACGAACGUAAACCCACGAGACAACAACGCCCUCUACCAACUCCCCACCAUCGCCCUCAUCUGCGACUUCGCCGUCCCGCCCCCCAGCUCCAGCGGCCAGCCGCGCCCCGCGCUCCUCAGCUUCCGCGAAAUGACCACCCUCUUCCACGAAAUGGGCCACGCGCUGCACUCCAUCUGCGGCCGCACGGCGCUCCAGAACGUCAGCGGCACGCGCUGCGCCACCGACUUCGCCGAGCUGCCGUCCGUGCUGAUGGAAAACUUCGCCGCCGCUCCCGAAGUGCUGCGGCUCUUCGCAAGGCACUGGGAGACGGACGAGCCGCUCGAUCCCGCUCGCGUGUUGGAGCGAGUGGAGUUCGACCGCAAGAUGGCGAGUGCGGAAGUCGAGGGCCAAGUGCUGCUCGGCAUGCUCGAUCAGCAACUACACUCUGCACUCCCUUUGAGCUGGCGAGAAGGAGAGGUCGGGCAGAGCAGCAAGGUGUACCACGACGUGUGGCGCACGUUCUCCUCUAUCCCCGAACCCGCGCAGACGAGCUGGCAGGGCUUUUUCGGCCAUUUGUACGGGUAUGGCGCGACGUACUACUCGUACCUUUUCGAUCGCGCGAUCGCGGGCAAGGUGUGGAGGGAUCUCUUCCAGCGGCGGCCUGGUGGCGCUGUCGACCCUGAGGCUGGCCGGCUCUUCCGCGAAGAGGUUUUGCGCUGGGGUGGAGGCAGGGACGGGUGGAGAUGUGUUGCCGGUGCUCUGAGGGAUCAAGAUGGAGUGCUGGCGAGGGGGGAGAAGGGGGCGAUGGAGAUGGUUGGCAGCUGGGGCGUGUAUGACUGAGUUUGCCAGCUGUUCUACCGCUGUCAGGUUGAAGGCACGUCCCCGUGCUAGUUCCCUGGCACCCAGCUGUUUAAGUUACGUAGAGCGAUGCUGAAGUCGCGGUGUGCUGUAAAGCUCUACAACGUU